AUGACAUUUGACGAUGGCACUUGUGUCGCGGGCAAUUGGUACUUCAACAACGAGCUCAUGAAGGCGCAAUCGUAUUCGAAUUGCGAACCGCCACGUCGUCUCGACUACACUAAUAUCACGUCGCCGACUAGCAUCUGUUCGUGCCCUCGAUUCGAAUACGUCUCGCCGGACCUUUCCUGGACCGUCGGCCGCUAUUAUGAUCAGACGUAUGCGUGGUGGCACAAGUACACUUACACGCGAGGCGCCGUCAAGUUUGACAGCAGCACGUGCACGCUCUCUAUGAGUUGUGCGGUUGCGACGGAUGCUCUGAUCGUGUUUGGUACUAAUAUUGCUCCGAUAGUUGUAAGUCAUCGUUCUUGCUGUCCGUUGUUGUUUUUGAAACGUUUUGUUUUAUACCGCGUCCAAAAAGUCUCGGAAAACCCGCAAAUCUCGCGGAUUUUGCAGUCCAAAAGUCGGCAACAAUUUGCGGGAAAUUCGGGGUGCGCACAGCUGAACGAGUGUUACCGUACACCAUAAAACUACGGUAUUUUUUUCGAAAAAUUUACCCAAGAAUUUUUUUAUUUAACCAAGAGAAAUUUAAAUUUUUUUCAAAAAAAUACCGUUGAAAAAUUUACCCAAGAAAUUUGAAGAAUUGCAAAUAUUCUCGAGAAAUUUAAAUUUUUUUCAAAAAAAUACCGUUGAAAAAUUUACCCAAGAAAUUUGAAAAAAAUUGCAAAUAUUCUCGAGAAAUUUAAAUUUUUUUAAAAAAAUACCGUUGAAAAUUUUUUUCAAAAAAAUACCGUUGAAAAAUUUACCCAAGAAAUUUGAAGAAUUGCAAAUAUUCUCGAGAAAUUUAAAUUUUUUUUCAAAAAAAUACCGUUAAAAAAAUUUACCCAAGAAAUUUGAAGAAUUGCAAAUAUUCUCGAGAAAUUUAAAUUUUUUUCAAAAAAAUACCGUUGAAAAAUUUACCCAAGAAAUUUGAAAAAAAUUGCAAAUAUUCUCGAGAAAUUUAAAUUUUUUUUAAAAAAAUACCGUUGAAAAAUUUACCCAAGAAAUUUGAAGAAUUGCAAAUAUUCUCGAGAAAUUUAAAUUUUUUUCAAAAAAAUACCGUUAAAAAAAUUUACCCAAGAAAUUUGAAGAAUUGCAAAUAUUCUCGAGAAAUUUAAAUUUUUUUCAAAAAAAUACCGUUGAAAAAUUUACCCAAGAAAUUUGAAGAAUUGCAAAUAUUCUCGAGAAAUUUAAAUUUUUUUUCAAAAAAAUACCGUUGAAAAAUUUACCCAAGAAAUUUGAAGAAUUGCAAAUAUUCUCGAGAAAUUUAAAUUUUUUUCAAAAAAAUACCGUUGAAAAAUUUACCCAAGAAAUUUGAAAAAAAUUGCAAAUAUUCUCGAGAAAUUUAAAUUUUUUUAAAAAAAUACCGUUGAAAAAUUUUUUUCAAAAAAAUACCGUUGAAAAAUUUACCCAAGAAAUUUGAAGAAUUGCAAAUAUUCUCGAGAAAUUUAAAUUUUUUUCAAAAAAAUACCGUUAAAAAAAUUUACCCAAGAAAUUUGAAGAAUUGCAAAUAUUCUCGAGAAAUUUAAAUUUUUUUCAAAAAAAUACCGUUGAAAAAUUUACCCAAGAAAUUUGAAGAAUUGCAAAUAUUCUCGAGAAAUUUAAAUUUUUUUUCAAAAAAAUACCGUUGAAAAAUUUACCCAAGAAAUUUGAAAAAAAUUGCAAAUAUUCUCGAGAAAUUUAAAUUUUUUUAAAAAAAUACCGUUGAAAAAUUUUUUUCAAAAAAAUACCGUUGAAAAAUUUACCCAAGAAAUUUGAAAAAAAGUGCAAAUAUUGUCGAGAAAUUUUAAAAAUUUUCAAAAAAAUUACCGUUAAAAAAAUUUACCAAAAGAAAUUUGAAAAAAAUUGCAAAUAUUCUCGAGAAAUUUAAAUUUUUCCAAAAAAUACCGUAGUUUUACGGUGUACGGUAACACUCGUUCAGCUGUGCGCGCACCCCGGAUUUCCCGCAAUUUUCUGCCGAUUUUGGACGGCAAAAUCCGCGAGAUUAGCGCGUUUUCCGAGACUUUUUGGACGCGGCAUUACAGUAUCCGCAAGGUUACGUACCCUACACAACGUGUAAAACGACGCCGCUUGCCACAAAUUCGUAUUCGAUGAAAUACUGGUUCGCCGACGGCGUUAUGCUUUCCUAUCCGGCGUUUGGAUGCAUCCGUGAGUCGAAAACAAUCGAAAUUGUCAGCCGAACAUCUUUUUCGGCUUCGGUCCUCUUCAGAGGCGUGUGUAUGCAGCUACGUCAAACUGUUCAACGAUAAUCUCGAGCGGCUCGUCUCGAACACCUCUUUUUAUCCCUACGCCAUCUCGUCGUAUCCAUUUGAAGCGCCGACAGAUAACCGAGCGAAUUUUACGAGUUGUCUGACCAGAAUCACGUGUCCCACUGGCCACACUUUAGUCAAUUUUGACACGCUCGCACAGACUGUGGUAGGCGACAAUCGUGAUUUGUGUGAAGCUGUAGAUCUUUUUCAGAUUCCAAGCGGUUCGCUGAACGCCGUUUGCAACAAAUCCACAAAGAAAUGGACAAUAUCCGGCAAUCCAGACGUCACAGCGUUCGACAGACUUUGGGUGCUUUGUGUGGAUUUUAGAGUUUAA